AUGGAUCCUAAUCAGCACUUUGGCAUGCCGGAAACUGAUGAAAACAAUGUUCCCCUUGAGAAAACUCCACCAGGAUUCUCAACUCCGCUGCCAGCCGUAGGACAAACUCGGCCACCUACUGACAAAGGGAGAAAAACUCCUGAAACUCCUCAGGAGAGUAUCUUCCAUAAUCUCCAGCAUAUCUUCACCCCAGAACAACUCAGGAUUGCUGCAGAAGUCUUCCAGGCCAUGGCCAGCCACACCCCACUAACCGGUCCACCCGUUAAGCGACCUCUGAGCAGAGCCCACAUCCUAGUGAGAAAAAUUCGUUCACUGGAGACGGGCCGCCAGGCCGAGCGAGGCCGGAAUGACCAGGAUCAGGUGGCCAACUCCAAGACCUCCGCGGAGCAGGUAUUAGGGGAGGAAGAAGAAGAGGAAGCUCAGGAUACAAAAGUCCAGCAGCAUUCUUCUCACCCCAGGAAGGGAAAGCCCAUGGAGAAGACCAAAAUGCCGACAUGUAAGUAUGACGGCAAGACUGACCCGGAAGAUCAUAUAUCGGCCUAUGAGAGGGACAUGCUGUUUUACACCGACACUGACUCAGUAUGGUGUAAGGUGUUCCCCUCUACACUAACUUGGCUAGGCCAGACCUGGUUCAAGAGCAUACCACCGGCAACAGUCUUCAACUUCCGCCAGCUCACAUCCAUAUUUGUUACGCAUUUUGUUAGUAACAAACGCCGGGAGAAGACUACUGGCGAGCUGAUGUCGAUCAAGCAAGGGGAGACAGAGAGCUUGAGUGAUUACGUAGGGCGUUUCAAUGCAGAAGCCGUCACAAUCCCAACUCCGCAGCAAGAAGUUGCUGUCCUAGCCCUCAUGACGGGUUUAAAGGAAGGAACUCCCUUCAGAAGCUACUUAGGUCGUAAAAAGCUAACAAGCCUAACAGAGGUGUUACGCAAGGCAAAUGACUUCAUCCGGGAGGAAGAGUUCGACAAAGCGUCAAAUGCUAAAAGACCGGCAGCAGAGGAGAAGGAUAAGGAGAAAGAUCGCAAGGACGAUAAGUACCGGAAAGAUAAGAAGCCGGACACCUCCAACAGAAGGGAGGAAAGUAACUCUGUGAAGAAGGGCCAUGAAGGUCGACCCGACAAAUACCACAAUUACAUUUCCCUAAGAAUAUCCCGGGCACGGAUAUACGAGUGGCAGAGGCCCAGAAUGAUGUAUUACAAUGGCCGGGAUAAAUCAAAGUGGUGUGAGUUUCACAGGGACUACGGUCACAUAACAGAAGACUGCAAAUACCUCAAGGACGGGAUCGAAGAUCUCAUCAGAAGAGGCUACUUCACCCAGUACCAAGCGAGGGUUGACCGGAAGUCUCCAUCUAGAGAAGAUGAAAACGGUAAUAGGAGGUCAGUGAAAGAUAGAAUCACUGAAAUCCAUGUUAUAUCUGGAGGACCGACAAGGGGUGGAAGCAUACAUGGGGUCAAAGCUAGCCUGAAAGAGAUAUCAACUGCAAUAGUGCAUCGCGUGCUGGUAGAUGGGGGAAGUUCCGCUAACAUCCUAUACAAGGAGACAUUCGAAAAGAUGGGCUUCGACACUACAUGUCUGAAGCCGGUCUCAUAUCCUGUUAUCGGUUUUACAGGGGCAUUUGUCGUCCCAAAAGGAACCAUUAAGCUGGCGGUAAAACUGGGAGAAGGAUCUCAUUCUAGAGACCUGAUGGUGGAAUUCCUCGUUGUUGACGUCCCGGCAGCAUACAACACCAUCAUCGGACGACCUUUGAUUCAUGACGACCAGGCUGUGGUAUCUACCUACCAUCUUACAAUGGUCUAUACCUCCAGUGACGGUAACCCCCAGAAACUCAGGGGGAACCAGGAAUCGGCAAGGGCUUGCUACCUGACCGCCCUCAGACACUCGGAUCACUAA